GGUCCUCGCACAACGCCGCCCUUUCGCGUCGCGCCGUCGCCGCCGUACACUUGGCUCUCAGGGUCCUACAGCCGAAACGUUGCGUCCGUUAUCAAAUGCAUCAGCUUCGUAAGCGUCAUCUUCUGCCGCUUAAUCAUAGAGAAAUCCUCCACCUCGAAUGCACCCUUCACGGCGGUGAAAGGGCUACCAAUAGAUGCGGUCGAUGGGCCUCGUGCCGCCGCGUCUGCGCCGCAGUCACCACCGACAUGUCCAUCCACGAAGGCUUCGGCGCGUCGCAGGGUUGGCCCCGUUCAUUACACCCCCCCCCCCCACCCCACCUCGGACCCCGGCGUGAGUUGCGAGUCAGAAGAGCAGUGCAUCGCAUUUCAAUGGGUAAAAAUACAACCGAGCCUCACCCACCCUGCUCUUGCACAACGUCGCAACGGAAAAGCAAAAAGACGAAGGAAAAGUAACAGCAAUGAUACAGCACUAAUGCAUGUAACAAGCAAACAAUAA